UAUAUAUUUUUUUCAAAGUUUUAAAAUUCUCCUAAACAUGACUCUUUUAAGCAAUACCGAAUAUAAAUUAACCGAAUAUGCUGCCGAAACUAUGGUGUACUUUGAAAAGCAUAAAUUAAUCGAGGUUGCUAAAAAAAUUUUAGUAGAAUGUGCUUUACUAAGACCCCUAGAUCCCCAAGAAUGGAUUGGCCAGAAUAUCAAACGUAUAGCCAACGAAAUAUAUCAAGAUUGUUUAAAUCAAGGCCAAAAUGGCAUAGUAAAAUCUUUGGAACUGUCUGCAAAUUUUCUAUAUCGCAUUGUUUUGUUUGGUAGACCUGGAUCAGGUAGAAAAACUCAAGCCCAUAAUUUAGUUACUAGAUUUAACUUGGUGUUAAUUGAUGCUGAAAUGUUAAUAUAUCAUCAUUUAAGAGGUGAUGAUGAUCAUCCCAAUGAUGCUUUAGAUAGAGAAUUGCAAAGAGCUUUUUAUUAUAAUAAUUGUUUGGCUAAAUCUAAGGCCCUACUAAAUAUUAUUAGCAGACGUGUAUUAGAAAAAGAUUGUUUAAGUCGUGGUUGGGUUUUAGUAAAUUUCCCAAAUACUUUACAAGAUUUUAAAGAUAUUUUGGAAAACUUUAAAAUACCACCCAAUAAAUUGGUUUAUUUGAAAUGUCCGGAAAAGACUUGCAUGCGCAGGCUAACAAAUACGCCCAAUUUGGGUAAACCCAGUCAUACCCAGCAAAAAAAAAAUCACAUCUUCAGAGGUAGAAAAGAUUCAUUUGCAACUUUAGAUGUGAUUAAAAUGUCAUAUGUAAAGAUGCACUUCCAUUAUUUUUUGCUGGGUACUUAUUCUUAUUAUGGAUAUGAGAUGAGAUUUUUUAAUCAGCAGGAGAAAGGUAUAACGGAUUAUUUGUUACAACGCCAAGAGACGAUUUUUGUUAAUGCCAUGGAACCUUCGGAGACUGUUAAAACUUACAUGAUGAGCGGUAUUAUGAAAUCUCCUUAUGUUAUGGGUUUUAAACACAAUACCAGGUUGUAAUGCUGUCAAAUUUUAGUAUUUUUUCAUUUUAUUUCAUGUUACUGUAAAGUUUUUAUAAUUAUAAAUUUUUUUAAGUUUCACACUUU